AUGGUAUUCAACCGACUAUCGGCUUUCGCUGACAAAGUAUGGAAUUCCAUCGCCACAGUGCCGUCCGAUGGCGACUAUAACGCCGUCAGCACGCCCACUAACCGCAGCAGCGCGCCCGCAGCCGAGAAGGGCUUCGCUCUGUCGAUUAUCGCGUUCGAAGUCAUGUGUUUGAUCUUCUUCGCCUUGAAAUUUGAAAUGCCCAGCCCCAAACACGUCGACGCCGACACUGUGAGCACCAUGAACUACUACCCCAUGUACAUGGACGUCCACGUCAUGAUCUACAUUGGUUUCGGCUUCCUCAUGACCUUCCUACGCAAGUACAGCAUGAGUGCCGUGUCGCUCAACUUUGUGGUGGCCGUGCUGUCCCUUCAGUGGGGUAUUAUCGUGGUCACUAUGGCUCACCAGAUCGGUGGCGACCACUACACGACCAAACUACUGGACAUCCCCACGAUGAUCAACGGCGACUUUGCCGCUGGUGCCGUGUUGAUCAGCUUUGGCGCUGUGUUGGGUAAGACUACCCCCACCCAGCUGGUCUGGAUGACGUUCCUUGAGAUCAUCUUCUACGGCUUGAACGAGUACCUCGUGUACGAGGAGAUGAAGGUCACGGACGCCGGUGGUUCCAUGGUUAUCCACACGUUCGGUGCUUUCUUCGGUCUUGCUGUUACUAUCAUGCUCGGCGUCCCGAGUGAGAGCGAGCAGGUGCACAACACGUCUCGCUACCACUCGGACGUGUUUGCUAUGAUCGGUACGCUCUUCCUGUGGAUGUACUGGCCGUCGUUCAACUCUGCUCUUGUGGGCAGCGAUGGGUUUCAACAGGAACGUGCGGUUAUGAACACUGUGCUCAGUAUCGCGGCCUCUUGCGCCUCUGCGUUCGCAGCGACGAAGAUGAUGAGCCACACGAAGAAGUUCGACAUGGUCCACGUGCAAAACGCCACGCUGGCGGGUGGUGUCGCUAUGGGCACGAGCUGUAACCUCGCUAUUAGCCCUGCCGCUGCUAUUACCGUCGGUCUGGUCGUGGGUAUCGCUUCUACCAUUGGUUUCUGCUUUGUGACGCCCCGUUUGGAGCGUGUCAUCCGCAUGUCCGACACGUGCGGUAUCCUUAACUUGCACGGUAUGCCUGGUGUUGUCGGUGGCUUCGCUGGCGCUAUCAUCACGUUCUCGGCCUCUGAUGAUUUCUACGGUGACACUCUGACGAGCGUGUACUCUGCACGUGAAUACCGCUCUGCUAACGAACAGGGCUGGUACCAGCUUCUUGCUAUCGUGUCUUCUGCUGGCAUCGGCGCUGUGUCUGGCGUGUUUGUCGGCUACUUUCUCAAGUCGAAGCUGUUCCGCCAGCAGAAGCUCAAAUACGACGACGAGGAGUACUUCUACGUGCCCGAGGAAUGCCACGCCUAAGUGGAUAGCUGAGGAACGAUUCUAAUUACAAUUUUCAUGAUUUUCAUUCAUCUAAAGCGUUUUGACAUGAUACCAUCCACAAAUUGCCAGU